UGAUAACAAAUCAAUGUCCUGACGACGUUGUUACAAAUACGUUUUCUGUUGUGAUUGGCCUUCAAGACUAAAAUAAAUGGCGGGUGUGGAUCCAUCGUUCCACAACCUCAUCCAUUUUGUUCCAGAAAACUUAAAAGACUCCAAAAGUAAGAACAAACCAAGAGAGAGUAAAAGUGCCUAUACAGGAGAGGACAUUAAAACUUUUUAUGAAUCACUCAUCAAAGAGGAACCAUUGAAACAUUCUUCUGUUCAAGAAUGCACAAAUAAAAACAAAAGCAGCAAAAGUGCAAAGAAAAAGAAAAUUUCAGAGAAAUCAGAUUGUUGUGCAAAAACAGCCACCACUGAAACAAACAAUUCAAACAGCCAAUCAACUGUUAUCAGCAAAAUUAGAACUGAAAGAAAAUACAACAAAUUGUUGCAGGCAGCACAGAUAGGAGAUUUAGAACAAAUUAAAGAGCUGUUAGCUCAAGGUCUCAAUAUCAACUACACAGAUUUCUACGGCUGGACACCUUUGAUGUGCGCAGCUAAAGAAGGCCAUGAAGAGAUUGUACAUUUCUUAUUAGAACAGAAAGCAGAUCUAACAUUAUGCAACUCUGAAGGUCAGACAGCCUCAGAGUUAGCAGAAAUCUCUGGAUUUGAGAUGUUAGCAAAAGAGAUUCAUCAAUUUGUGCCUAUAGAAAAUACCAAUGUACAUUAUACUCAUUCAUCAAAAAACACUGCACAUGCAACUUAUUUUUGUUCUGUUUGUAAUUUACAAGUGUUAGACAGGCGCUCUCAUGAAACAUCUACAAUACAUCUCUUCAACUGUAAGCAUGAACCCAAAGGCCCUUCAUACCUUAUACCUGAGACAAACAGAGGAUUUCAAAUGCUGUUAAGAUCAGGUUGGAAUAAAAGUCAGGGCUUGGGAUUGAAAGGUGAUGGUACGAAGUACCCUGUAAAAACUGUUCUAAAGCGAGACAGGCUGGGUCUAGGUGGUUCUAGAGACAAUGGUAAAAGUGCUAGAAUUACACACUUUGAUCCUUGUGAUCAGUCUGCUGUUCAGAGCCCAAAUUUUAACUUAAAGAGAAUAAUGACUGCAAAAACAGCUUCACGUUAUGCAAGUAAAAGGAAAGAAAGGAAAGAGAAAUUCUUAGAACAGAAGCUACGAAGGCAAUUUAAUUGUGAUUUCUAAAGUUGGAAUGCACUUGUUUAUGUUAUUUUAAUCUUACUUUUGUAGAGAUUCAAGAUUCAUAUUUUAUAAGGAACACAUGUGUUUAUGUUAUGUUGAUUAAUCUCCCUUUUGUAGAGAUUCAAGAUUCAUAUUUCUUAAGGGACGAUCUAUUAUUACAUUUACUUUUAGGGUUAAGGGUUAAGUUCUAUUUUCAUGUGACCAUAUUCAAUUUAACAUCAUAAGGUUAUUUGCCAUCAGUGUGAAACUUCAAUUAUCCUGUAAACAAAAUGUUUAAAUUAGACAGGCAGUGUUUAUGUUUAUUUUUUCUCAGUUAACUUACUUGAUCUCAUCAGGCUAAAACUCUUUUUGUGGACUGUAUUAUGUUCCUGUGUCUACCUUUGUGUCUACUUUUGGCCUUAACAAACCAUUAAGUCAAUAUUACUAUAUCAGAAACAAUUCCCACUUCCAGCCCUCUAUGAUAAGUUCCACAGUUUAAAUUUAUACAUAGGUAAACAGCAUAAAGUUUGGUGUUCAACCUUAUAACUACAUUCAUGUUAAAUUUAACCUGCUAAUGUACAAAAGAUAUGAACUGCCCCAACUGAGUGGUGCUUAACCUGUCACCCUGUACUUAACAUUAUGCCUUCUGUUAUUCAGUCAAAACUUUUCCAAACAUGAGUCUGUUUUACAUUUUAGAUGCAGGACCUGUAGAAGAUGUGUAGCCUUAUUCAGAAUACUUCUAAAG